AUGUCAAGUACAGAGUUUUUUCUCAUCAAAGAAGAGCUAAAGGAGAUUAAAUUCGACAUUCUUUCAGAAUCUAAGGUGGAAGAUCCAGAUUCUUCACAAGAUGUUGUGUCAGAUGGUGCUCAAGUUAAUGUAAAAAAACAAGAUGACCAUGAUGAUACUCAUCACAAAGAGGAAGAAGAAGAAGAGUUUAAGGCAAUAUUUUCUUCAAGAGAAUCUGAAAAGCCAUGUUUAGCACAAUCCCAGGUAGAAGAAUACGAUGAAGGGUUUAAAACUCCGACGUCUUCGGAUCACAAAAUCUCAGUGGUCAAGCAGUGCCCGGCAGCGCCAAGAAAAACCAGAUCAUCUACAAAGAGAAAAUCAUCGCCAGCAAGAAUUCGUAGGAGCCUCCAGCUCGAUGUGUCGGCCGAGAUCGAAUCAAUGUUCCCUUCAAGGCCUCGAGAUGAUAAAGAACACAAAAUCAAGAAAGCUCGAAGAGAUGAUGAAGAAUGA